AUGGGUCGUGAUUUAUUCGGUAUAAAAUUCGGUGCUCAUUUAGCUACUCAUCUUACGCCAGAAUGGCGUUCUCAAUAUCUUCAAUAUGAAGCUAUGGUUGCUAUACUUUAUGCUGCUGUUGAUCGUUCUCCAUCUCAUGCUGAAACAACUCGUAAUCGUUAUUUUUCACGUAUUGAUGAACGUUUUUUUGCUUAUUGUAAUAAAGAACUUCAUAAAAUUAAUGUUUUUUUCGGUGAAAAAUUAUCUGAAAGUAUUCGUCGUUUUGAACAACUUCAUACAGAAUUAAAUUAUUUUAAAAAAUCUUUAAUAAUUAAUGAAUCUGAACAAAUAAUAAUUCGACGAAGACGACAACGAUAUAGAAAAAUUCUUCGUUCAAAUUAUAAUCAUAUUGAUGAUUUAAAAUUAGCAUUUAGUGAACUUUAUUUAUUAUUAGUACUUUUACAAAAUUAUCAAACAUUAAAUUAUAUGGGUUUUAAAAAAAUUUUAACUAAACAUGAUAAAUUAUUUCAUAAAAUAAAUGGUAUUGAAUGGUUUAAAACAAAUAUUGAUUCAUCACCAUUUGUUAGCAAUCAACAAGUAUCAAAUUUAAUUGAUGAAGUUGAAAUAUUAGUUACUGAUCAUUUAGAAAAUGGAAAUAGAAAUAUCUAUCCUAGAACAACAAUGUCGCAAUAA